AUGGCUGAGAAAACAACCAGAGGCCCGCAGGAUGUCCCUGGCUCUUCUCCUGAUGAAAACGAAUUUCCUUUUGGAUAUCCUACUAACAUUUGUGAGGAUGCACCUGAUCAGAAGUACCUGUGCAGUAACUGCAAUAACAUUCUGAAGAAAGCUCUGCAAAUGCUCUGUGGGCAUAGGUACUGCUCAGCCUGCCUCUCCUGGAUCGUACGAAACAAUAAAAAUGCAGUUUGCCAGAAAUGUAAUGAGGAAGAUCCCAGCACUCUAAGUGAGGGAAGCCUAUUGGCAGAAGAAAGGGCUUUUGGUGAUGCUGCCAUUAAUAAAGAGAUUUCUGAACUCAAAGUACACUGUGUGACCCUUGGAUGCAGUUGGUCUGGUAUCAUGAAAAAUUUUGAAGAGCAUCAGAGCUUAUGUGAAUAUGCUUUAAUCCCUUGUCACACUGGUUGUGGACACAUGGUGAUGAGAAAGAAACUUGCAGAUCAUUUGGAAAAUGGAUGUGUUAAUAAUGUGACCACGUGUCAGAAGUGUAAGCGGAGCUUAUCCAGUUGUGAAUACCAAGAACAUUCAUGUGAAGGCAGUUUAUGUAAGGAACAAAAACAUGUGCAAACAGAAGCAUCAUCAAAGGAAAAGAGCUCCUCUACACCCUUAAUCAACAAGGAUGGAUGUCGUUUUUCAGAAGUUGGCUGUUCAUUUAGGGGAAGCAAAGAGAAGAUAAAGGAGCAUGAGAAAACUGCAGUUGGGGCCCACAUGCUGCUCCUGCUGCAGCACAUAAAGCAACUGAAGGCAAGCUUGUGCGCUGCUGCCAAAGCUGCAACUGCUUUCAUCCCCCAGGCAGGGCUGGAUGUGAAUGGUGCAGGAAAAAGCAUCUCUGAUAUGAAGAUCCCAGGGAGGCUGGAAAUCAACGGGGAUCUGGAAGUAGACUGUUUUCCUGGAUCUUCUGUUUCUGAAGAUGUAUCUGUUCUGCAACAACUUGUGAGGGAGAAAGUGAUUUCUGAGCUAGAAAAUAAGCUACAUGUGUUUGAGAAUAUUGUGGCAGUACUCAAUAAAGAGGUGGAGACCUCUAACUUGGAAAUCGUAGCCUUUCGGAGACAGAGUGAACUCGAUCAAAAUAUAAUACGAGGCCUUGAACUGAAGAUUGCAGAGCUGCACCGGUGCCUGACACAGAAGGAUGCAGGCCUGAGCAGCCUUCAUAAGAGUCUUCUGUUCUCCGAGCAAGCUUCCUAUGAUGGGGUGUUUCUGUGGAAAAUAACCGAUGUUGGCAGGAAGCUACAAGACUCUGUGACUGGGAGAACAGUCAGUUUGUAUUCACCAGCUUUCUACACAGCAAAGUACGGCUACAAGGUCUGUCUGAGGGUUUAUCUGAAUGGGGAUGGGACAGGAAAAGGAACCCACGUGUCCCUCUUCUUUGUUGUCAUGAAAGGAGACUAUGACGCUCUGCUCCCGUGGCCUUUCAGGCACAAGGUUACAUUUAUGUUGCUUGACCAAAAUAACAGGGAACAUAUUAUUGAUGCGUUUCGCCCAGACUUGACUUCUGCUUCGUUUCAGAGACCAGUGAAUGAUAUGAACGUUGCAAGUGGCUGUCCCUUGUUCCUCCCUUUGUCCAAAUUACAGUCACCUAAAUACGCCUACGUGAAAGAA